AAUAUUAGCCAGCUAGCGGGCUAACCUGCUUUUGAAACGCGUUCUGUUGCCAUGGCAAUUAUACAGGGAAAGUCGUGCACUGACUCGCGACGCAAGGGAAUCAAGUGCGCCAUUAUUUUGGUUUAGCCUGGAUUUCAACACGACAAAAAGGUAUUACGUGCCAGAACCCAGACGACAGCUCGCUGUGGGGAGGAUGAUAGCCUUCCACUGGACAGAUAAAGCUAAGUGGUGUGGACAGGAGAAGUUUCUGUCUUAGAGGGUUGUGAUCUGGCUGCCCUCCUUCUGAAGAGAUCACGGGUUACUAAUGGGGACACCGGCGGAGCACUCAGUGAGUGAAACAUGCAGACGUGAGCCUGAUCCCGGGGUGGAGGGAGAAGGCUGGGGAAGUGACUCUCAUGCAGAGCCCUGUAACACACCAGUCCCUCUGCCUGCAGCGAACAAGAAGAAAAAGAGAAAGAAGAAACUGUGGAUAAAUCUCACCAACUGCAAAUAUGAGAGUGUGCGUCGUGCUGCUAACAGAUACGGGCUACGAGAGGCUGCGGAAGGAGAAGACUGGACCCUGUUUUGGACCGACUGCUCUGUCUCACUAGACAGAGUCAUGGAUAUGAAACGUUACCAGAAAAUCAAUCAUUUUCCUGGCAUGAAUGAAAUCUGCAGGAAGGACUUGCUCGCGCGCAAUAUGAACCGUAUGCUGAAACUCUUCCCGAAGGAGUACAACAUCUUUCCUCGCACAUGGUGCCUCCCCGCAGAUUAUAGUGACUUCCAAGCCUACACAAGAGCCAAAAAGCACAAAACGUAUAUCUGCAAGCCAGACUCAGGUUGCCAAGGUCGUGGUAUCUAUCUUACCAAGUCCAAUAAAGAUAUUCGGCCAGGAGAAGACAUGAUUUGCCAGGUGUACAUAUCCAAGCCGUUCAUCAUCGAUGGGUUCAAGUUUGACCUGCGCAUUUAUGUAUUAGUGACCAGCUGCGACCCCUUCCGUAUCUUCAUGUACAACGAGGGACUAGUCCGUUUCUGCACCGCUCAAUAUACUGAGCCCACUGGCAGCAAUAUGGAGGAUGUUUGCAUGCACUUAACUAACUAUGCCAUCAACAAGCACAGUGAAAACUUUGUACGUGAUGAAGAUACAGGCAGCAAACGAAAACUCUCCAGCUUCAAGAAGCACAUGGAAGCCAUGAGCUGUGAUACUGAGAAGAUGUGGACAGACAUUGAGGAUGUCAUCAUUAAGACACUAAUAUCAGCCCACCCCAUUCUCAAACACAACUACCACACCUGCUUCCCCAAUCAUGCAUCUGGAAGUGCCUGCUUUGAGAUCUUGGGAUUUGAUGUGUUACUGGACCGUCGACUCAAACCUUGGCUUCUUGAGGUCAACCACUCCCCCAGCUUCACCACAGACUCCCGUUUGGACCGGGAGGUGAAGGACAGCCUGCUGUAUGACACUUUGGUGCUGAUUAACCUGGGGGCCUGUGACCGCAGGAAGAUCACAGAGGAGGAGAAGCGCCGGGUAAAGGAGAGACUCCAGCAGAACCGCUCUAGAGAGGCCAGGAAUGAGGAGCUUCGUCAGUCACAGGCUGCUAGUGUGGAGCAGAUGGAGAAAUAUGAAGCAAAACAUAUGGGUGGAUUCCGGCGGAUCUUCCCUCGGGAAGGAGGGGAGAAAUAUGACAAGUAUUUUCAACACAGCGGCUCUCUCUUCCAGGAGACUGCAGCCUCCAAAGCCAGGGAGGAGUGUGCCAGGCAGCAGCUCCAGGAGCUGCGUUUGAAGCAGGAGCAGAAAGAACGGGAAAAGAAAGGAUCACGUAAGCAGGAUCUUCAAGGUGAAUCUGCAGGAGAAAGAGCAAAACCAAGAAGAAUUCAGCCCCAAGAUCCAAAUUCACUGCCAGCUAUGCUAGAGCAGACCACCUUGAGGGGAGAGACACCUGUUGCUCUUGACCUAAUAGAGGAAGAGGAGGCAGAGAGAGUCAGUGAACUUCACCAGCGAGAGACUCUGCUGAUAAACAUGGGUGUGGUGAACCAAGUGCGCCAGCUUCUUCAAAGUGCCAAUCAUCUUACUGAACUGAUCAACCACUCGCGUGAACAAACCAACUUUCCCUCACACUGCAGACACGAUCACAAACUGGACUCCAUUGCAGCGAUUUCUUACAGGCAGAAGAACCUCUGCACUGUGAUGCAUCAGCAGGUGUCUACUAAAGCCAAGCCCUGCAUGCAGUAUAUACAUUCCGAGCCGCUGCAAAGCCGAAAGCCAUGGCCCUCUCUAGAACACGGUCUGCUACAGCCGGUCCAGACUGAACCGGGAGGUCUGAAACACUGUGAGGUGGAAGAUAUGGAGCAGGCUUCUGCUGCUCUAAUGAAAGCUACUAGUGCUCAGCGGAUACCUUUGACAAUAAAUGGGUCUUUUGCUUGGCGUCAUGGCAGCAUGAGUUCCUCUUUGGCCGAGUCGAGAGCUAGAGCAUCAAUGCUAGGAGUGCCUCCCCUUGUUCUAGGACGACCACAAGGUGGCACGGUGUUCCGUGACCCCAAAUCUCUCUACGUCAUUUCCACCCCUGCUCCUCUUGUCCCCAGGCCACACCUCUCCCACACCCUUCGAAAGGCCCCUCGCAGAGUCCCGCCGCAUGACCCAGGACGUGUACAAGCUCAACACAACCAAGUUAUUUAAUAAAAUUAGUAAGGAGAAUACAGACUAAGGAAGGUGUUCAGAUUUCAGUAAUAAAUCAGCAAUAGAAGCUGAAAAGGUCUGCAUAUAACUGUCUUCCGUACUGAAAAUGUGAAAUUUGCUGUUUUCAAUAAAAAGCCAUUUCUCUUUUUUUGUCAA